AGAUAAUCAUGUUAUAUAAAUUUGAAGUUUCCAUCAUCAUGCCACUUCAUUGUAAGGGUGUGGGCAGUCAUGAAGGGUCUCGUUGCUUUGUCGUUGGUCAUAGCCGCUGCUUCUGCAGCAGUUGAUACGGAAAACCUUUCGGUUUUCGGAUAUCACCGGAGAAUUGGGAUCCCUCGAACAGCCCAGAUCAAGAAAUUUGAAGAAUCCUUGCCUGAAGAUGGACAACGCAUCGUGGGUGGAGUUGUCACCGACAUCUCGCAGACUCCUUACCAGGCGGGCCUAAUCAUGGUGUUCCAAUGGAUAUUUCAAUCGUCGUGCGGUGGCUGUCUCAUCUCUACCACGCGGGUGGUUACUGCUGGCCACUGUUACGAUGAUGGUGACAUACAAGCCCAGCGGUUCACCGUUGUUCUGGGAUCCAACAGGCUUUUCAGUGGUGGUACCCGUAUCGAAUCGACAGACGUGGUGGCCCAUCCGGCGUGGGACCCUAACACCAUCCGCAACGACCUGGCGGUCAUCAGGAUACCAGCUGUCGCCACAUCCAAUGUAAUCCAGCCUAUAGCCUUGCCAUCUGGAGCGGAGAUCUCCAACACCUUCGCUGGAGAACAUGGACUCGCUUCAGGAUUCGGCUUCACUGGUAACAACGCCGGUAUCCCGGCCAACCAGCCCCUCUACUCCGUCGUCCUGCCCAUCAUCAGCAACGCAGAAUGCGUGAGAUUCUAUGGAGGGUGGGUGACAGCGACCAACGUGUGCACCAGCGGCGUGGGGGGCAGAGGCACCUGCCACGGAGACUCCGGUGGGCCGCUCGCUGUGGUCAGCAAUGGCAGGAGGGUUCUUGUUGGUGUGACGUCAUUCGGAUCCUGGAACGGAUGCGAGGCCGGUGACCCGGCGUCUUUCGCCAGAGUUUCGUCUUUUGUUUCGUGGCUGAAGUCGGUCUAACGUCGGUGUUUGAGAGAAAUAUAAAUAAUAAAUAUUUAUUAUAAA